GGAGACAUUCCUGCACACCCUACUGACAAGUACAGCAGCUACUCAAACUGACUACAACAGAUAACACAGCUACUCCAACUCCAAACACAGCAGCUACACCAGCCCCAGCGACAAGUACAGCAGCUACUCAAACUCCAAGAGCAGCAGACAGUGCAGCUACUCCAGCCCCAGGCACAGCAGCUACACCAGCCCCAGUGACAAGUACAGCAGCAUCGUUUGAGAGUUCUGAAGGUUUUGAAUGGGCUUUGGGUACCCUUGAGACCUCCCUGAUGAUUGUGAUGGGGAUCAGCAUGUUGGCACACAUACAGACUGUGUUUUACCCACGACCAUUUUUUCUGAUCUCGAAAGCUAAGUAGUGUCAUUUUUGGGUCUUGUCUAGGAUUAGACAACAGUAUAGGAGGACCACCAAGAGAUUUUCCCCAAGGCUGAACAGUCAUGAGUGUCAGGGUGUGUGGGACAGUAUGGGCAAGUAUCUAGUGCACUGGGAGCCUCCAGUGCUUUGGAAGUGUCAGAGAUGGAAGGCAGCUGUAUGGAGUCCCCAGUGACAACGGCUAAGAUUGAAGUGGCUCAGAUGGACUUAGAUUGGCAACGUAAAGGUGAAUUAUUUUUGGCCCGGUGGGCCCAUGACACUUCAGGCCAUCAGGGCAGAGAUGCAACAUAUAGAUGGGCAAGUGACCGAGGGGUGGACUUAACAAUGGACACUAUUGCCCAGGUUAUUCAUGAGUGUGAAACAUGUGCUGCAAUUAAACAAGCCAAGCGGUUAAAGCCUCUUUGGUAUGGAGGACAAUGGUUGAAGUAUAAAUAUGGGGAGGCCUGGCAGACUGACUAUAUCACACUGCCACCAACCCGCCAAGGCAAGCGCCAUGUGCUUACCAUGGUGGAAGCAACCACCGGGUGGCUGGAAACAUACGCUGUGCCCCAUGCCACUGCCCGGAACACCAUCCUGGGCCUGGAGAAACAGAUUUUGUGGCGACACGGCACCCCAGAGAGAAUUGAGUCAGACAAUGGGACUCAUUUCCGGAACAACCUUAUAGAUAUUUGGGCCAAAGAGCAUGGCAUUGAGUGGGUAUAUCACAUCCCCUACCAUGCACCAGCCUCUGGGAAAAUGGAACGGUACAAUGGGCUGUUAAAAACUACACUGAGAGCAAUGGGUGGGGGAACUUUCAAGCAUUGGGAUACACGCUUACCAAAAGCCACCUGGUUGGUCAACACCAGAGGAUCUGCCAACAGGGCUGGCCCAGCCCAGUCAGAACUGUUACAUAUUGUAGAGGGGGACAAAGUUCCUGUGGUGCAUAUGAAGAAUUUGCUGGGGAAAACAGUCUGGGUUAUUCCUGCUUCAGGUGAAGGCAAGCCCACUCGUGGGACUGCUUUUGCUCAGGGACCUGGGUAUACUUGGUGGGUAAUGCGGGAAGAUGGGGAAGUCCGAUGUAUACCUCAAGGGGAUUUGAUUUUAGGGGAAAACAGCUAGUGAACUCAAUUGUAUGCUGUUGCCUGCUG